AGUCAUGCAGAAUUAUGGACACGAGGAUUACGAUUACGGGGCAACGGAGGGUGGGCAACAACAGGAGACAGGUGGUGGUAGAACGUUACCACAGGUGCCAGGCGUGAGGCCCAUGGUCGACCCCCAUGCCCACGGCGAGGUCGACCCAAGCCUUUAUCCCCAGGCGAAGGAGGCGACGCACAAGAUCCGUGGAAAAAGCGACGUGAUCGAGUACCUGUUCGGCUCCGUGGACCAAGAACUGCUCACGGUGAAGACGUUCUAUUUCUUCUUCUACUCGGCGUUCGGCUCCCUGUUCCCGUUGAUGGGCGUCUAUUUCAAGCAGAUGGGGAUGAACGCCGGCCAAUGCGGCCUUCUGAUGGGGCUCAGACCUUUCAUCGAAUUCCUCAGCGCGCCUUUCUGGGGCUCGUUGGCUGACAGGUGGCAGAAGGGUAAAUUGAUCUUUCUCGCCUCCCUCUCUUGCUGGAUCAUCUUCACUCUACCCCUAGCCUUCAUGCAACCACCGGCCACUUCGUGCAUGGUUAGAAGGAACAGCACCGAGUGGUUGGAAGCGCCGAAUCCGAAAACUAGGAUAGUUAAACGAUCCACCAGCCUCGAAGACUUUUAUCGUCAAAACGACGAGGAAUGUUUAGAAAUAGCGGACAACGUCGUGUUCGAGAGAUUGCGAAAGGACACGAAUCUGGAUCCGUUGACGGCGCUCCGCUCGCAAACGAGGAAGGAGCACGAGAAGGGAAAUCACGACAACAACAGGUUUCGAAGAGAGACGCAACAAGGAUCGACCGAGGACAGCCCUGUGGAGGAUCUAAAGUACAAACAACUGGUGUUCGAGGAGAACGAUCCCGAAGCGAAGACCAUCGACUUCGAAACUUUGCAAAGGAAAAACCGUCCCGCCGACGUGCUCGAGUACAAGCGUUUUCUCAACAAUCAACCUUUGGACGACGGGAAACCGCCUAAGAAAGCGUACACGCAUACCAAAACCAGGGUGAAACCACCCCCCACCAAGGUGAUGGUGAAACGAGACGCGAACAAGGAAACUUGGACGGAGAACGACUCGAGCGUGUUCGAGCCUCGGCAACAGUGGUCCACGAUGAAGAAACUGCGAAAGAUGUCUUUGAACGAGGACGAGGAGGAGGAAAACGAUAAGGAGAACGAGGUGGAACCGCCAUUGGUCAGGACGAAACGAUACGUCAGGAUACCUCACUCUGGCCAGAGCCCUCACACCGUGUCCUACGCAGCGAAUUACAACGAGCAGGAGAACAAGGGUUGGGUGAAACCUCUGUUCAGCUCCAUCGUGUACAGAUUACCGGAUAUCCAAAAAACCUUCUUCCUCCUGUUGUUGCUGGUGAUAGUCGGAGAAUUCUUCUCGGCCCCCGCCAUCACUCUCGCGGACUCCGCUGUGAUCACAUUGCUAGGCGAGGACGCGGAUAGAUACGGUCACCAGCGAAUGUUCGGCAGCUUGGGCUGGGGCCUGGCCAUGUUCUUCGUGGGCAUCGCGUUGGACCACAGCACCGCCUUCUCCGAGCAUCCUUGCGGCCCAGACGCGAGGGAGAAGAACUACACGAUCUGCUUCGCGAUCUUCAGCGUCCUCAUGGGUGCCGCUCUCAUCACCGCAACCCAGAUCAACUUCAAGUACGACUUCCCCAUAACGGAACCGGAAGUGGAGAAGCCUCCCGCGGAGCCAACGAGGGAGGAACAGCUGCAGAGCCAAUUGUCUCAGCAAUUGAAUCUACCCAGUCUCCAAGACUCGUCGGCAGCGGUGAAUCCAAAGCCGCAACCUCCGGAAGACAAGACGAAAAUGUUCGCCCAAACGAUGCGAGAGAUCCCGGAAUGGGUGACCGUGUUGAAGCAAUUCAAGAAUCUCAAAUGCGCUUCCUUUCUGUUCGUCGCCUGGUUCAUGGGCUUCGGNUUGAUCUUCACCUUCCUCUUCUGGCACCUUCAAGAUUACGGUGGAACACCGACUCUCUUCGGCGUCGCCUCCGUCAUCAACCAUAUUUCCGAGAUAUUCGCCUACUUCUUCAGUUUCAAACUGAUCCGUCAGAUCGGCCACGUGAAGGUAUUGUGCAUGGGGCUGGGGGGGAACGUUCUACGAUUCCUCUACAUAUCCUGGCUCACUAUCCCGUGGUGGGUGUUGCCGUUCGAGUUCAUUCAAGGGAUAACCCACGCGGCGGUCUGGGCAGCGUGUUGCAGCUACAUCUCUCACAACACGCCUCCUCAACUGCGCACGAGCGCGCAAGGUGUUCUUCAAGGGAUCCAUCACGGUCUUGGCAGGGGAUGCGGGGCUGUGAUCGGUGGCAUGUUCGUAGAUGCUUACGGGACAACUGCCACGUUCAGAGCUUACGGCCUCAUUUGCAUCGUGGUCCUCGGCGCGUUCAUCUUCAUCAACUUCUACAGGAAGGACACCGGUUUCGUGUCCGAAUUGCCCCAAACGGAGGAUCCGCACCAGGUAGCGGAGGCGACCCACCUGGCGCCGCACGGCGUACCCAGCAACGCCAUCCCUCGUGCCCUCAGCUCGACCAGAUUACACGAGCUUGCUAAUCAGGAGACCGGGUACGGGGCUACUUAUCAGACCACGGGCGGAAAUCUCGGUGUACCAGGUGCGAAUGGCGGCCCAGUGAACCCGACGAAUCCAUUUCUGAACAGCGGAGGCGCAGGCGAAUAUAAUUACGGUAUGACUGGCAAUGGAGGGGACGAGUAUAUCCGUAGGAGCUUCCAGCUUUACAAUGAGGUGAUCAGAGAAUUGGACCUGUUUAAACCACCGCCGAUAGUGACCCAUCUACACGCUCAACAACCAUGCACCAACCCUUUCCAUCAGGACGACUACGAGUGGUAACAGUCCGGGAUGUUCGAUCCCACUUGAGGUGAUCAGGAUGCUCGUGGAACGUUGGUCGGUAAUCGGCUCGUUCACCGGAGAACCAACGAACGAAGGACCAGCUUCGAAGUGCUAGGCAGAAGAAAUUUUUACGGUCAAGCAGGCUCGAUUAACCUGGAAACCCCUUGGUGCCUCCUUGGAGGAGCGACGAUAUCAUUCCUUGCAUUUUAAAUUGGAAACGUUUGCUAACUAGCUAUGGGAUGGAAAUUGCUUUCGACGAAUCAAUCUCGUUAUAUAUAUAGAAGAGAAUAAUAAAGAAUAAA